UUUGCUUGUUAUUUUUUUGCUUGCCUGUGUCGUGGCGUCGUAGUCAGUUCUGUUUGUGUUAGUCUGCGAAUAAAUUGCAAUAUUUCCAUGCCAAAUGGCCGCGUUUAUGGAGGAGGCCCUUGUGGAAGCGAGGCGAGCACGUGACGCAGGCGAGGUUCCCGUUGGUUGUGUGUUUGUGCACAAUGACAAGGUAAUAGCACGUGGCGGGAACGAAGUGAAUGUACAUCGGAAUGCAACACGUCAUGCGGAGUUCAUAUGCAUCGAUGCCACCUUGGCGUACUGCCGUGAGAAGCGUUUGCCAGCACGCCAGGUGUUCAGUGAGAUUAGCGUUGUGGUCACUGUGGAGCCCUGCAUCAUGUGCUCUGCCGCAUUGCACACACUCGCCGUCAAGGAGAUCAUCUAUGGCUGCGAGAAUGAUCGAUUCGGUGGCAAGACAGUGAUAGAUGUUGCCGCCGUGGUUGGCCAACAGAUCAACAUAACGGGCGGUGUGCGAGCGGAUGAGGCAAUGGCCUUGCUAAAGGACUUCUACAAGGGCGAAAAUCCGGCAGCACCACCCGUCGCAAAGAAGAGGAAAUGACUGGAUCUCAGUUGAAAGGCGAGAAGUGAAAAGAACAAGCACCGUAGUCACCUUAAGCUUCAGCUUAUGUAAAACCGUUUUGUAUAUGUUUUAAUUUAUUAUAAAUUUUAAGCAUAGAGUCUAAGCUAAAUAUGGCGUUCAGAACGUUACAUUUAAUAUAAAUACAAUUACUACAUGAAGAGCAA